AUGUCUGAGUAUUACGAAGAGAGCGCAUAUGUUUAUGACGACGACGAUGCAGCAAUUGCAGCCGAGGACUCUUGGACUGUCAUCUCUGCGUUCUUUCGUGAGAAAGGUUUGGUAUCGCAACAGUUAGAUUCAUUCAACCAAUUUAUCAAUUAUACGAUACAGGAUUUAAUCUUAGAGGACAGUACAUUGAUUUUAGAGCAAUUGGCGCAGCAUACUACGGAAUCUGACAAUAUCAGUAGGAAGUAUGAAAUAUCGUUUGGCAAAAUUUAUUUGGCCAAACCGUCCAUGACCGAAUCAGAUGGUGUUUCUCAUGCGAUGUACCCACAGGAAGCUCGUCUCAGAAACCUUACUUACGCAUCUGGGUUAUUUGUUGAGAUUAAGAAGAGGACUUACGAGGCAGUUGAUGUUCCCGGCCGCGAUUUGAAAUAUGAGAUCAUCCAGGAGGAGAGUGAGGAGGCCGAAGAUGGGAAGAUCUUUAUAGGUAGGGUGCCUAUUAUGUUGCGUUCGAAAUACUGUUUGUUAGACGAUCUCUCUGAAUCUGACCUAUAUCGGUUGAAAGAGUGUCCUUUUGAUAUGGGUGGAUAUUUCAUUAUUAAUGGGUCAGAAAAGGUUUUGAUUGCACAGGAAAGGUCUGCAGGUAAUAUUGUUCAAGUCUUUAAAAAGUCAGCUCCCUCGCCUAUUUCCCAUGUAGCGGAGAUAAGAUCAGCAUUGGAGAAAGGUUCACGUUUCAUUAGUACACUUCAGGUGAAGUUGUACGGACGUGAAGGUAGUACGUCGAGGACUAUCAAAGCCACACUUCCAUAUAUUAAGCAGGAUAUUCCUGUUGUUAUAAUUUUCAGAGCGCUAGGAAUCAUUCCAGAUGGUGAGAUCUUGGAACACAUUUGUUAUGACCAAAACGAUUGGCAGAUGCUAGAAAUGCUUAAACCGUGUGUUGAAGAAGGGUUUGUCAUCCAAGACCGUGAAACUGCAUUGGAUUUCAUUGGACGUCGUGGUACUGCACUAGGUAUUAAGAAGGAAAAGAGAAUUCAAUAUGCCAAAGACAUUCUGCAGAAAGAGUUUCUACCACAUAUUACUCAGCUAGAAGGGUUUGAAAGCAGAAAGGCCUUCUUCCUUGGUUACAUGAUCAACAGGUUACUGCUUUGUGCUCUGGAUCGUAAGGACCAGGAUGAUCGAGACCAUUUCGGUAAAAAGAGGUUGGAUUUGGCUGGCCCAUUGUUAGCUCAACUUUUCAAAACUUUGUUCCGUAAACUAACUAGAGACAUUUUAAGGUUCAUGCAGAGAUCUGUGGAAGAAGCUAAGGAUUUCAACUUGAAACUGGCAGUUAAAGCUACAACAAUUACAGCUGGUUUGAAGUAUGCCUUAGCUACUGGUAACUGGGGUGAACAAAAGAAGGCAAUGUCUUCAAGAGCAGGUGUUUCCCAAGUUUUAAACCGUUACACAUAUUCAUCAACCUUAUCUCAUUUAAGGAGAACUAAUACUCCUAUUGGUCGUGAUGGUAAAUUAGCUAAACCUCGUCAACUGCACAAUACCCACUGGGGUUUAGUAUGCCCCGCAGAAACACCAGAAGGACAGGCGUGUGGUCUGGUAAAGAAUUUGUCAUUGAUGUCAUGCAUUUCUGUUGGAACAGACCCUGUUCCUAUUAUUACGUUUUUAAACGAAUGGGGUAUGGAGCCAUUGGAAGAUUACGUCCCUCAUCAAUCACCAGAUGCUACUAGAGUGUUCGUGAAUGGUGUUUGGCACGGUAUUCACAGAAAUCCAGCGAGACUGGUUGAUACUAUAAGGAAAUUGAGAAGAAAGGGUGAUAUCACUGCUGAAGUUUCUAUCGUUAGGGAUAUACGUGAGAAGGAGUUGAAAAUUUUCACAGAUGCAGGUAGAGUCUAUAGACCACUCUUUGUUGUUGAUGAAGCCUUGCACGAUGAUGGUCAUAAGGAACUAAAGGUUCGUAAGGGCCACAUCAGAAAACUGAUGUUAACGGAAUAUCAAGAUAUCGAAGGUGGGUUUGAGGAAGAAGAUAUCAAUUAUACCUGGAGUUCGUUACUAAAUGAAGGUAUAGUGGAGUACAUUGAUGCUGAAGAAGAGGAGACGAUUUUGAUUGCAAUGCAGCAAGAAGAUUUAGACCCAACUGUCUCACCUAAUCUAGACCCCAAUGAUGGAUUAGACCCUGCAAGGCGUAUCAAGGCGAUUCACCACUCUAACACAUUCACUCAUUGUGAAAUUCAUCCAUCUAUGAUUUUAGGUGUUGCAGCUUCAAUUAUUCCAUUCCCAGACCACAACCAGUCUCCACGUAAUACUUAUCAGUCUGCGAUGGGUAAACAAGCCAUGGGUGUAUUUUUAACCAACUACAAUGUACGUAUGGACACAAUGGCUAAUAUUCUAUACUAUCCACAGAAACCUUUAGGUACAACUCGUGCAAUGGAAUACUUGAAAUUUCGAGAACUGCCUGCUGGCCAAAAUGCCAUUGUUGCCAUUGCCUGUUACUCGGGUUAUAACCAAGAAGAUUCUAUGAUUAUGAACCAAUCAUCGAUUGAUAGAGGUUUAUUCAGAUCCCUGUUUUUCCGUUCAUAUAUGGACCAGGAGAAAAGAAUAGGUAUGUCGAUUACCGAAUCCUUUGAAAAACCUCAUCGUACAAAUACCUUGAGGAUGAAGCACGGCACUUAUGAUAAACUUGAUGAUGACGGUUUAAUUGCUCCUGGUGUUAGAGUUUCGGGAGACGAUGUCAUUAUCGGUAAAACUACUCCAAUUCCUCCCGAUGCCGAAGAACUAGGCCAAAGGACUGCAUUCCACUCGAAGCGUGAUGCUUCCACACCAUUAAGAUCCACGGAAAACGGUAUCGUGGAUCAGGUUCUGAUCACUACAAAUCAAGAAGGGUUGAAGUUUGUUAAAGUCAGAGUCAGAACAACUAAGGUUCCUCAGAUAGGUGACAAAUUUGCUUCUCGUCACGGUCAGAAGGGUACUAUUGGUAUCACUUACCUCAGAGAAGAUAUGCCGUUUACCGCCGAGGGUAUUGUUCCAGACCUGAUUAUCAAUCCUCACGCCAUUCCAUCUCGUAUGACAGUCGCCCAUUUAAUUGAAUGUUUGUUAAGUAAAGUGGCUGCGUUGUCAGGUAAUGAAGGUGAUGCUUCACCUUUCACGGAUAUCACUGUGGAUGGUAUUUCAAGGUUACUUCGUGAACAUGGUUAUCAAUCUCGUGGGUUCGAAGUCAUGUACAAUGGUCAUACAGGGAAGAAGAUGAUGGCACAAAUUUUCCUUGGUCCUACAUAUUACCAGAGACUAAGACAUAUGGUCGACGACAAGAUUCACGCAAGAGCGCGUGGUCCAAUGCAAGUGUUGACAAGACAACCAGUGGAAGGUAGGUCUAGAGAUGGUGGUCUCAGAUUCGGAGAAAUGGAGCGUGACUGUAUGAUUGCUCAUGGUGCGGCUGCAUUUUUGAAAGAAAGACUGAUGGAAGCCUCGGAUGCCUUCAGAGUACAUAUAUGUGGUAUCUGUGGUUUAAUGACUGUUGUUGCCAAGUUGAAGCAUAAUCAAUUUGAAUGUCGUGGCUGUAAAAAUAAAAUCGAUAUUUUCCAGGUGCAUAUCCCAUACGCAGCGAAGUUACUGUUCCAAGAACUAAUGGCAAUGAACAUUGCUCCCCGUUUAUACACGGACCGCUCCAGAGAUUUUUAA